GGCCAAUAUCAUGCAGCUGGGGUGACUUACUUAUAACUGCAGCGCGCCUUCCUAUUAACUAUAGGAUAUAAUUAUUGAUGUGCUAAAAGGGACAUCAUCAAACCUUAUAUUGACUUACAUUGUACUCAAUUCUAGUGUAUCUAUAGAGACUGUUGAUCAGUGCUCAAUCCCAUUGUGUACCAAAUCGAUUUGCUCAUAGCAUUUGAUCCUCACCAUGCCCAUCAACAACGAGAAAGUCGUGUCUCAAAAGGAAGCUGAGACCGGCUUGUCCGGAGUUCCUACCUCGCCUUCUGUUCACAAUGGAGCUGUGGGCGUUAACGACGAUGCUGCUAUUCGGGAUAUGUACGGGAGUGCUGUCGACGAAUCAUACAGACUGAAGUCUGAGCUUGUGUCCGAACACUUGCUCGGCAUCGGAAUGGGCAAAUUCCAGUGGACACUAUUUGUUGUCAAUGGCUUUGGCUGGGUCGUGGAUAAUUUCUGGUCACAGGGUCUAACCGCUGUUCGACCGACUGCCGCGAAUGAGUUUACGAGCACCGUCAGUCCUAGUUUUAGCUCUGUCGCCUAUUACGUCGGCCUCAUACUAGGAGCAUCUUUCUGGUCUAUCUCCGCCGAUAUUGUUGGCCGAAAAUUUGCUUUCAAUGCAACUAUACUCAUCGGAGGUAUUUUUGCAUGUGCAGUUGCGGGCUCUCAAAACUUUGUCACAUUUUCAGCGCUUUGGGCUGUCAUCGGAACCGCGGCUGGUGGAAACGUUCCAGUUGACAGCAUCGUCUUUCUGGAAUUUGUUCCUCAAACACAUCAAUGGCUAGUAGUAUCACUAUCAGCCUGGUGGAACUUUGGACAAGUCAUUGUGGCCCUUCUCAGCUGGAUAUUUCUUGCCAAUUUCGCUUGUGCGGACGACACAAACUGCACUAUGAAGGCUAACAUGGGUUGGCGUUACCUUAUGAUCACACUUGGUGCGAUCGCCUUGGCUUUUGGUCUCAUUCGAAUUCUCGUUUUUAAAAUUCCCGAAUCUCCCCGAUACUUGAUCUCAAAAGGACGAGACGCCGAGGCUGUAGAAGCUGUUAACUACAUUGCGAGGUACAAUGGCAAACAAGAAACUCUGACGAUCGAAAUGCUACAGGCCAUCGACAUGCAGACCAGCGGCCAGAUAUCAACUACAAUCCACGACUCCGAGUCCGCAACCGCCUCAAAGCCCGCGACGGGCCUUUCGUACAUGCAGAUAUUGAAACAGAGCUUCCAGGACUAUAAAUCUUCCAAUGUGCGCCAACUCUUUGCCGGGCGAAAAAUGGCUCAACAUACUUCUGUUACAUUUUUAAUAUGGCUGACAAUCGGUAUCGCCUAUCCACUAUACUUCGCAUUCAUCACAUCAUAUUUACAGGCGAACUCGAGUUACACUACAGACUCCUCCCUCAGUUAUACCUACAAGAUUUACUGCAUCGUAUCCGCAGUUGGUGUCAUCGGCCCGGUUGCUGCAGGCUUUGCUGUAGAGACACGAUUUGGUCGUCGUUGGAUGAUGGCGCUCAGCGCAGUACUUACUGGUGUUUUUCUGUUCGCUUAUACCGCUGUUCGUAGUGAGGCCUCAGACAUCGGGUUUCAGUGCGCCACGGGAAUACUUGGAAACUUUGAAUACGCUAUCAUGUUUGCCUUUACUCCAGAGUCUUUUCCUGGUCCGGUGCGUGGCACGGGAACUGGCAUUGCGGCUUCUCUCCUACGUUUCGGUGGCCUCAUUGCCAGUCUUAUCUCGAUCUACGGUGGAGGAUACACGGUUAUUCCGAUUUAUGUUAGCGCGGCACUUUGGAUUGUGGUUGGUUUCUUCUGUUUUGGAUUACCUUACGAAACUCACGGUCAUGCCUCUAUUUAAAAAGGCAAAGCUUUGGAGUGCGGUCUAGGCCAUGUUUUGGAAUUAGUCUUUUGCUUUUGUAGAAUUUAGUAGUCCAUGAGAAC